GGUAGUUGCAAAGCAGAAGACCAACUGGACUGGGUUUGCUUGCUUGUGCCUUUGAUUUGCUUCGCUCGCUGCAAUGAUCAAUCGACGUUUUGCUUCACUUCCCCUCAUCGCUCUCCUCCUCACCAUUUUCUUCACCUCUGAGCUCUGAGUAGUGAAUUGCUGCUGCUCUCUCUUAUAUCAUAGCCUAGAGCUCAGCUAAGAAGCAGAAGAAGACGUCGGAGGAAGAAAAAGAGGAGGAAGAGAAGAAAUGAUUGGAGGGGACAGGAGAGGGUUUCUUCUCCGGUUCCUGCUUCUAGCUUGUCUGGCCGUUCUGCGGCUUGGAGAGGCCGAGUGUUCUGCGUACUUCCAGCCGUUCAACGUGAGCUAUGAUCACCGGGCUCUGAUCAUCGGCGGCAAGCGACGGAUGCUCAAUUCCGCUGGCAUUCAUUACCCUCGCGCCACUCCCGAGAUGUGGCCUGAUCUUAUUGCAAAGAGCAAAGAAGGUGGGGCUGACGUGGUACAAACUUAUGUCUUUUGGGAUAGGCAUGAACCAGUGCGAGGACAGUACUACUUCGAAGGAAGAUUUGACAUCGUCAAGUUUGUCAAGCUGGUCAGAGAUGCUGGACUCUAUCUCCAUCUCCGAAUAGGUCCUUAUGUCUGCGCUGAGUGGAACUUUGGGGGGUUUCCAGUUUGGCUACGAGACAUUCCCGGAAUAAUAUUCAGAACAGAUAAUGAACCUUUCAAGGCAGAAAUGGAGCGGUUUGUGAAAAAGAUAGUGGAUCUCAUGCGUGAGGAAAUGCUAUUUUCUUGGCAGGGUGGACCAAUCAUCAUGUUACAGAUUGAGAAUGAGUACGGAAACAUAGAGAGCUCAUUUGGCCAAGGUGGGAAGAAUUAUGUUAAGUGGGCUGCAGGUAUGGCACUCGGGCUUGGUGCUGGGGUCCCAUGGGUCAUGUGCCGACAAGCUGAUGCUCCUGGAAGUGUUAUCAAUGCCUGCAAUGGUUACUACUGUGAUGGAUUUAGGCCAAAUUCCGGUAACAAACCAUCGCUUUGGACAGAGGAUUGGGAUGGAUGGUAUGCAUCGUGGGGUGGAAGGUUACCACACAGACCAGUUGAAGAUCUUGCAUUUGCAGUUGCUCGAUUUUUUCAACGUGGUGGGAGCUUUCAGAAUUAUUACAUGUAUUUUGGCGGGACAAACUUUGGUCGGACUUCUGGGGGCCCAGUUUAUAUCACUAGUUAUGAUUAUGAUGCUCCUAUUGAUGAAUUUGGCCUUAAAAGUCAGCCAAAAUGGGGACAUUUGAAGGAUCUUCAUGGGGCCAUAAAGCUUUGUGAAAGGGCGCUUGUUUCUUCAGAUUCAGUCCACUACUUAAAGCUAGGACCUCUGCAAGAGGCACAUAUCUACAACGGGACUGAGGGCAUGUGCUCUGCAUUUGUUGCUAAUGUAGAUCAACAUAGAUCUGCUACUGUGCACUUCCUUGGUAAAGCAUACACUAUACCCCCAUGGUCCGUGAGUAUACUACCAGAUUGCAGGAAUAUAGUUUUCAACACCGCCAAGGUUGCAGCACAAACUUCCAUUAAAUCAACCGAAGUUCCUUAUUCAAAUCUCUCUCUUGGGCAAAUAAUAUUGAUGAGGAAUGGACACUCCUAUAUCUCGAAAUCAUGGAUGAGUUUAGCCGAGCCAAAUGCCUUAUGGAGCAAUGACACUUUCACAGUCCAGGGCAUAUUGGAACAUUUAAAUGUCACAAAGGACCGUUCUGACUAUCUUUGGUACUUCACGAGGAUACAUGUUUCUGAUGAUGAUGUUGCAUUUUGGGAGGAAAACAAAGUUAGUCCAAAGAUAGAGAUUGACAGCAUGCGUGACGUGUUCCGUGUUUUUGUUAAUGGCCAGCUUGCAGGAAGUGUGGUCGGUCACUGGGUGAAGGUGGUGCAGCCUAUAAAGCUGGUGCAAGGAUACAACAAAUUGGUAUUAUUGUCACAGACAGUGGGGUUGCAGAAUUACGGAGCCUUUCUUGAGAAAGAUGGUGCUGGGUUUAGAGGCAAGGUUAAGCUCACAGGUCUAAAGAGCGGUGACAUAGACCUCUCAAAGUUGUCGUGGACGUACCAGGUAGGGCUUAGUGGUGAAUUUCGUAAAAUAUACUCAAUUGAAGAAAACGAGAAAGCAGAAUGGACUGAUUUAGUUCAGGAUGAUGCUUGCCCCGCAUUCACCUGGUGCAAGACAUUCUUUGAUUCCCCAGAAGGAGUUGAUCCUGUUGCACUCAAUUUGGGAAGCAUGGGGAAAGGCCAGGCUUGGGUCAAUGGCCAUCAUAUUGGCCGUUAUUGGAACUCUGUUGCCCCAAAAGAUGGAUGCCAGAAAUGCGAUUAUUGGGGACCCUAUCAUUCGGAGAAAUGUACCACAAAUUGUGGGAAGCCCACUCAAACCCGGUACCACGUUCCACGCUCCUGGUUGAAGUCAUCGGACAAUUUACUUGUCAUUUUUGAGGAAUUCGGUGGGAACCCAUUUGACAUCUCAGUUGAGCUUCAUACCUCUGAGAUGGUGUGUGGUCAAGUGUCGGAGACCCACUAUCCUCCCUUGCACAGAUGGUCCUAUCCUGAUUCUCUCUUAGGAACGAUCUCGAUUGAUGACCCAACACCAGAGAUGUACUUGAACUGCGAAGAAGGGCAUGUAAUCGGCUCCAUAGAGUUUGCAAGUUACGGGACACCAAAGGGAGGCUGCCGGAACUUCCAGAGAAGCAGCUGUCAUGCUGCUGAUUCUGAGCAUGUGGUGAAGGAGGCUUGUGAAGGGAGAAACAGCUGCUCUAUCAAAAUUUCAAAUGCAGAGUUUGGAGGUGACCCGUGUCGGGGAAUCGUGAAGACAUUGGCUGUACAAGCUAGGUGUAUCUCAUCUGCAUCUUCAAAGCUUGGUGCGUCUGCGUUCAAGUAAUGGGCCAUAAUCUUUCUGCUGCCCGAGUCCAUAGUUGUCCAUAAAUGAAGCUCAUGCACGGUAGGGAUCUGUAGAUAACGUUGGGUUCUACUAUAUGCUACGGGCGUAAUUAAUCGAAAUCAAUCUUCCUCAUUUGUGAUAAAUAAUCUGAUACUUGAAACACUAAAGGACUUAUGGAUGAUGGGGAAAUGUAUAUUAUGGUGGAUAUGGAUAUUAUUGAUAAUAAUGCAUAAUCUUGGUUAAGGAGUCUCGACUUUUAAA